AUACAACUGUCUGCGGCUGUACUGUAGCCAUCUGGAGGUUCUGUACAGGGAGUCGGAGGAAGCGAAAUAGCUAGCUCGUGCCGCUAACUGUCACAAUGUCCCUGCAAAGGUGUCAAACUGAUUGGGAAGAAAUUGACCAAGAGUAUCAACAAUUACAGGAAACUCACAAAGUGUACAGGCAGAAGCUCGAUGAGCUCACCAACCUCCAGGCAACAUGCAGCAGUGCCAUUAGUAAACAGCGGAAGGGUCUAAAAGAUCUCGGGCACAGUCUGUGCAAGUGCACAAAAACAAGUGAUGAGAAAGAAACGGAACUGAUCAAAGACAUCCAAAUGCAAAUUAAAGACAAAGAGAACUUCUUCUUUGAUAUGGAAGCCUAUUUGCCAAAGAAGAAUGGAUUGUACUUAAAUUUGGUGCUUGGCAAUGUGAAUGUAACACUUCUCAGCAACCAGGCAAAAUUUGCCUAUAAAGAUGAAUAUGAGAAGUUCAAGCUUUUUAUGACAAUAAUCUUGAUGUUUGGGGCCAUAACCUGUCUCUUUUUGCUCAAUUACCGUGUCACAGAUGAAAUCUUCAACUUCUUGCUGGUUUGGUACUACUGCACUUUGACCAUAAGGGAAAGCAUCCUCAUGAGCAAUGGGUCCCGGAUCAAAGGGUGGUGGGUUUCCCAUCAUUAUGUCUCUACCUUCCUAUCAGGUGUAAAGCUUACCUGGCCAGAGGGGUCCAUGUAUCAGAUGUUUAGAAGUCAAUUCCUUGCAUUCUCCAUUUACCAGAGCUUUGUGCAUUUUCUUCAAUAUUACUACCAAAGUGGCUGCUUAUACCGGUUACGAGCUUUGGGGGAGAGAAAUCAGUUGGACCUCACAGUGGAGGGGUUUCAGUCAUGGAUAUGGAGAGGGCUCACCUUCCUCUUGCCAUUUCUCUUUUCGGCCAUUUCUGGCAGCUGUACAAUGCUAUGACUCUGUUUCGGUUGGCAGGACAUGAAGACUGUAAAGAGUGGCAGGUAUUUAUGUUGGCACUGACAUUUCUUGUCCUAUUCCUGGGGAAUUUUCUCACCACAUUAAAAGUUGUUCAUCAAAAGAUCCAGGAAAAUCCAGAAAAGGUGCAAAAGCAGGAGUGAGAGAGUCUGACUACAGCUCAGAACUCCAAGUGGCCAGUAACCAAUAAGCAAAAGGGCACUUUGACACGCACAGCCGAUGGAAAGAUGGACGGCAGAGGGUUUGUGCCAGGAAAAGACAGAGCAGAGAGACCAAUGUGUCUCGGACCGUGAUGACAGCUGCAACAUUAACCAAUAAUCUUGGCUGAGUGUGCUUUUGUUUCCGAUAACCUGUCAAUGUCCUUGCUACACAUGCAAUCACAACACAGAGCAGCUUUCGUCUGGCAGAUGAACCACUGCGAUCCUGGACCAUUUGAGGCUUGAUCCUUUUAGAUUUAGUGAGUGGACAGACUAAUUAUGGUGUUGAUGUUUUUAGGUCGGAGCAUGAACUACAUGUACAGAGAGCCACUCUUCAAACUAUAUGCAACUCAACAAAGACAAGUAGCAUUAGGUCAGGGUUUCCCAAACUCGGUCCUGGGCCCCUCCAGGUGCACAUUUGAGUGUUUUCCCUAGAAUUACACAACUAAAUCAAAUAAUCAAAGCUUGAUGAUGAUUAGUUGGGUAUUUGAGUCAGCUGUGUAGUGCUAGGACAAAAACAAACGUGUACCUAGGGGGGGCCCAUGACUGAGUUUGAGAAACCCUGCAUUAGGUCAUGAGAAAAGGUGAGUACCUAUAAAAGUAUAUGUAAUGUGUGGUCAUGUCACUACUUCACAUAACUGUUAUCGGUAUGGCAUAUUCGAAUACGUCCAGGGCACAGCCAUUUUUUCACUGUUAUUUGUAACUACAAGUGUCUGUCGUUUUGAUGUUUUUCAGUAAAGAUGCAUUGACCUAUAUAUUUCUCCCCGGUGUGCUGUUGAAAGUUAACCCAUUUGCUUAUUUCUGGAUAGUGACAUGUCUAUAUUAUAUAAACUAAAGCCUGCUUCUUAUUUCAGCAAGGUACCAGCCAGGACAUAACUGAUCAUACAUUUACACAUUUUUAAAUGAUGCGUAUACUAAAGAUACUGACCAGGUUUGAGUAUACAAGGGUUUCUCUUCUGUAGUGGUCUGCACCUUGCUUAGCUGAGUGCCUGGUGGUGUAACAUUUAAGACACAGUGGAUUCAGCAUAGAGACAAAAGUCCAUAUUUUUUUAAAUCCUGUAAUCUGGUUCAAAAUGAUAACUCUUUCAAUUAAUUAUUAUUUGAGAGACUUGUCCAAAUCAGGUUGUGCAAGACGAUGCUGGUUGUUUGAGUUCACCUUGAUCACAAUAUGCUGUUAAGGUCCACAACAAACAAUUGCUGCUAUGAGCACUGGUACUGUGCACAAAUGAUUGGCAAUAAUGUCUUGAGCACGAAUGUGCUGGAGUGAUCAAGUGUAUUUAACUCGGCUGACAUACAUGGUAUGUAUAGUAACGCGUCCACUCUGAACUAUGUACAAUUCUCAAGAGUUUUUGUACCCAUUUUCAGCAUUUAAUUUUUUACUGUUAUUAGAUGUGCAUUUGAACAAAGUCUAAACUUGUAUUACUUAGUGACAGGGCUUUCUAAAUGCCUUAUCUCUCACUGUAGCCUGUCACAAUUGCGUGAUGUAUGUUUUUGUUCCAUUUGGAAUCAAGUGUUAUGUUAUUGGGGAAAAUGUAAGGUCUUGGACUUUUAGUCUUUUCAUUAAAAAAAAAUCUAUUGUACUCUCGAAGGGAACCACUUUUUGUUACACUUGUAGGAAAAAGCUAAAGCAUGUUAUUGAAUUUCACAUUUUGGUCUAAUGGUCAGCUGUCAAAUCUGCCACAAUGCAGUACACAACAGAUCCUAUUUCCUCAUGUAUUGUUAGUUUGGUUUAAUGUUCAUGUCAUGGAUUGUCCUAAGACUAACUUGUGCCUGAAUGUACACCUGUAACAAGAGACACUGGACAAAAUCAUUUAAUUUAUGCUGUCUCUUACUGCUUUUUCACACUGUAUACAUGGCUGUAAGACAAAUAAAACAUCUGAUUAAAAUA